AUGAAUGAAAAUGACAAUGAAUUGAAUAGCCUCGGGGUUCAGAUGAUGUCACAGGCAUCUUUAGAACAAAAGAUCGAGAAUAAUGCUAACAGUUUGAUUAGCAAGCAGACUUUGGAACAAGAGGAGAAAUUAUUAGAGAGAUAUAUCAACAAACGUGAUGUCAUACGGCAGAAGAGAGACAGCUUAUUUAGAAAGCGGAAAAGUGCUAGCAGAAUCAGUGUACGUGCUAAGUUGAAAACGCAAAUAGAUGAGAUAGAUAACUAUGAACUAAAACCUUUGGAAGAAGAUAUUGCAGAAAUCAAGGGCAGGAUAAAGGCCUUGAAGGAGGUCGAUGGUGAACCUACAGCACAAAAUGGAUCUGAUCAGAGGCAACCUGGAGAAUCUGAAAAAGACUUUUUGUUAAGAACUGGUAAAAUCACAGGUUUUGGUAACACUGUCAAUUUCUCUAUGGAUAGCAAUGAAGACUCGAAGUCAGUAUUACUUGCAGAAAGGCAGAUGCUUAAAAAUAUUGAUGGUGAGGAGGACGCGGAUGAAAAUAUAGGAGAAAUAUCGUCUGAUAUAAUUGACGAUUCGAAGGAAGAAGCAGCACUAACUUCAGAAAAAUCAGAUAUAACUCGCAAGCCAGCUGAAACCAUUGAUGACGGAGAUGAAUAUCAUUAUCAACAACGAUUGAAGAAAUGGAUAUCUUAUAGAAGUAAAGACCGGGAUAGUGAUAUAGAUGAUAAUACACCAGAAUGGUUAAAACCACAUCCGAAAAUCCCAGAUGCUAGACUCAACGAAGAUUUCAAGGUUCCUGGAGAUAUAUUUCCUUUGCUUUUUCCAUACCAAAAAACUUGCGUACAAUGGUUAUGUGAACUUUACCAACAAGGAUGUGGUGGUAUCAUAGGAGAUGAAAUGGGUCUUGGUAAAACUAUCCAAGUAAUUUCUUUUCUUGCUACUUUACACCACUCUAAUAAAUUAGACGGUCCUGUACUCGUGGUAUGUCCCGCAACGGUUAUGAAACAAUGGUGUAAUGAGUUCCAUACAUGGUGGCCUCCUUUUAGAACAAUUAUUUUACAUUCUAUUGGUGCUGGUAUGAAUAAAGGUACGGAUAUUUCAGAAGAAGAAUUAGAAAGUUUGCUAAUGAAUUCUAACUAUGGGACCUUUACCUAUAACGACUAUGAGAAAAAAGAAAAAACAAGGACUUCAGUGCAGUCAAGAAGGAGUGUCAAAAAACUUCUUGAUAAAGUAAUAACUGAUGGACAUGUCAUAAUAACAACUUAUGUUGGUUUAAGACUUCAUGCCGAAGCAUUAUUGAAUGUUAACUGGGGAUAUGCUAUCUUAGAUGAAGGCCAUAAGAUACGUAAUCCUGAUUCUGAUAUUUCAUUAACUUGUAAGCAAAUAAAGACGCAAAAUAGAAUAAUCCUCUCAGGUACUCCAAUUCAAAAUAAUCUAACUGAGUUAUGGUCCCUUUUUGAUUUCAUUUAUCCUGGAAAACUUGGUACUCUACCAGUUUUCCAACAACAAUUUGCUAACCCUAUAAAUAUGGGUGGGUACUCAAAUGCAUCUAACAUUCAGGUGAAAACAGGUUAUAAGUGUGCAGUUGCUCUUAGAGAUUUGAUCUCACCUUACUUGUUAAGGAGGGUUAAGAGUGAUGUAGCAAAAGACUUGCCAAAGAAAAACGAAAUGGUGUUGUUUUGUAAGCUUACCCAGUUCCAAAAAUCAAAAUACCUAGAAUUCCUUCAUUCAGAUGAAUUAGCAAAGAUAAGAAGUGGAAAAAGACAAGUUUUAUAUGGCAUUGAUAUUUUAAGGAAAAUCUGUAAUCAUCCAGACUUAUUAGAUCUUAAGAUGAAAAAAAGAGAUGAUUAUGAUGAAGACGACUAUGGUAAUCCUGCUAGAUCGGGAAAAAUGCAAGUCGUAAAACAAUUGUUAUUGCUUUGGUAUUCUCAAGGUCAUAAGACACUUCUUUUUACUCAAUCAAGGCAAAUGUUGGACAUUUUGGAAGAGUUUAUUAGAUUUAAAGACCCAAAACUUUCUGAAUUAAAAUAUUUAAGAAUGGAUGGAACCACAAAUAUAGGCUCUCGACAGCAACUAGUGGAUAAAUUUAAUAAUGAAGAUUACAAUGUAUUUUUAUUGACUACUCGAGUCGGUGGUCUCGGCGUUAAUUUGACUGGUGCAAACAGGGUUAUAAUUUUCGAUCCAGAUUGGAAUCCCUCCACUGAUAUGCAAGCUAGAGAGCGAGCUUGGAGAAUUGGCCAAAAAAGGGAAGUGGCAAUUUAUCGUUUGAUGAUUGCCGGGAGCAUUGAAGAAAAAAUAUAUCACAGACAGAUCUUUAAACAAUUUUUGUCAAAUAAAAUAUUGAAGGAUCCAAAACAAAAGCGUUUUUUUAAAAUGAGCGACCUACAUGACCUUUUCACAUUAGGUGGGGAUAACGGAUACGAGACUGAAGAAUUCAAUCAAGAGAUUAUGAGACAAACAACUGAUCUUCAAAGAAAUAAAUCUGAAGAGGCGGACGAUUUAGAUAAACUUUCUCAAAUAUCAGGUGUCCACAAAUUGGAAGGCUUUUUUAAUUCGAAAGAGGAAGAAGAAAAAAAGAGUACUGAAGAUGACAGAAUAAUGGGCAGUUUAUUUUCCAGUCAGAAGCUUGUUGACGACAAGGACAAAGACGAUAUUAUUAGCCAGGAGGCUUCGCGGAAUGUAAAAGAUGCAUUAGAUGCCCUAAAACAGUCUAGAAAGCAAACAAAACGCUUUGAUGUUGGAACUCCGACAUGGACAGGAAGGUUUGGAAAAGCAGGAAGAAUUAAAAAAGCAAAAUCGACGCAAAGUAAAAUCAAUAAAACCCGCAGGGAGGCAAGCCAGGACAAUGAUGAACCUUUAAAAGUCAAAACCUUACCUUCCCAAGAAAAGAAAAAGGACUCGAAUAUCGAUCUUGAAGCUCUUAAAUCAUCAAUUAAAUCUUAUCUAAUUAAGGCACCAAACUAUUCUAGUAAGUCUGCAGAUAUUGUUACUAAGGUCGGUUUGCACCUUACUAAUGCUACUGAAGUUGACCGUGUCAGAAGUAUUUUGAGAGAUAUUGCUGUUUUUGAUAAACAAGAGAAAGUCUGGACUUUGAAACCGUCGGCUGUAACAGAAUAG